UAACACCGGGACGAAACGCUUUCUGCCUUACCAACCGCACUCUUCUUCCUACCUCACGAGUACGAGCCUGGCUAGCUCGUUCUCGUCCAACCUUUUUCGAUCGACAUCGACACAGUCACGAUCUCACGAUCUUCUCUCAAAUCUCUCUACUCCCGACAGCCAAACAUAUGUAGAAGGGACCAAGGAAUUCAAAUAUGGAUAGCGAGCCUACGUUUCGUAGCAAUGAAGCCGCGAAGUGAAAGAGCCUAAAAUUGUAUCCGUAAACUACUAGUGAGGAAUGCCACAGGAAUUUCAUACGUUAAUAUUCCCGUUAUGUGCGAACGUGAAGCACACUGAACGUCGUCGUCGAUACAGAUGCGCGGCGGUUUCUCUUUUGACGUGCCAAGACCAUUCAAUCGGAAACGAGGCGCGCUCCAAUGGGCGAUCUCAGAGAUGCCAGGCUCGAGACCGCUCAAAACCAAGACCUGUUUGAAUACGAAUAGCAAGUGAAACGAGUGCGUUCGAUAGUGCGCUCUUGGCCUCAAAGGCAAGCUGCGCGGACCGCGCGAAUGGCGAUGCAAUCCACUGCCAGGCGGCCUUGAACUCGUCUUCCCCGAGCACGAGCACAGACAAUGCCGCCGAUCAACGGAUGGAAAAGAGUACUGGUGACCGGUGGCGCCGGCUACAUCGGCAGCCAUUGCAUCGUCGAGCUGCUGGAGUCAGGCUACGAAGUGAUCGCCAUCGACAACUUCGUCAACAGCGUCACCGAAGGUCCCGGCCAGUCGGCGGCGCUCAAGCGCGUCCAGAGCAUCACCGGCAAAGCCGUGCAGUUCUACAACUGCGACUUGCUCGACAAAGACAAACUCGCUCAGGUCUUCGGCAAACACACGGUCGACUGCGUUAUCCACUUCGCAGCUAUCAAAGCGGUCGGCGAGUCCAUGCAGGUCCCGCUCCACUAUUACAAGAACAACAUCAUCGGGGCAAUCAAUCUGUUAGAGGUGAUGAAGGCAGCCGGCUGCUUCCAAUUGGUGUUCAGCAGCUCGUGCACCGUGUACGGGGAGCCGGCCGAGCUUCCGAUCACCGAGGAUCACGCCACUGGCAACAUUACCAACGUUUACGGCAGAACCAAGUACUUCAUCGAGGAGAUGCUCAAAGAUAUAUCCCGAGCCGAGAAGUUCUGGAACAUCAUCUCGCUCAGGUACUUUAAUCCCGUCGGCGCCCACCCGAGUGGCUUGAUCGGAGAAGAUCCAACCAAGCACUUCACCAACUUGAUGCCGUUCAUCGCUCAAGUUGCUCUCGGUCAGAAGUCCCAGCUGACCAUCUUCGGAGGGGACUACCCCACGAAAGACGGAACAGGCAUCCGCGAUUACAUUCACGUCAUGGACUUGGCAUCUGGGCACGUAGCCGCUCUGAAUGCCCUACACAAGCGCCAUUCUCGAUUCAAAGUCUACAAUCUUGGCACCGGAACUGGCGUUUCUGUUCUCGAAUUGGUCAAGAUAUUUGAAAAAGUCACAGGAACAUGUAUACCUUACGUCGUUAAAGAUAGAAGGGACGGCGACAUUAUGGCCAUGUAUGCAAAUACAAACUUAGCUGAGAAAGAGUUAGGCUGGAAAGCUACGCACAAUAUUGAGCAAAUGUGUAUAGAUUUCUGGAGGUGGCAAACGAUGAAUCCAAAUGGAUACAGAGCUCCAUACAAGAAUGGCAAUUCCAUUUUGUCAUGAUUUUUUUUUGCAAAACUCAAAUUCUCCAUGUGUCAGUAUAAUAUUAAAUGAUGUACAAUCACCUUACAAAAUAUACGU